AUGACGAUUCUUUGUGAAGAGGAUAUCAACAGCCUGAAACAGACAAAGACGAUUGGUAUCAUCGGUCUUGGUGAUAUGGGUCUGAUGUACGCCCGGAGGUUUUCCGAAGCUGGUUGGAAGGUCUGUGGUUGUGAUCGUGAGGAACGAUUCACUGAGUUGAAAGAGUCCGUUUCUGCCUUAAUUCCUGAUGUUACGAUUUUGCCAAAUGGGUUUCAUGUUUCACGGGUUGCAGAUUAUAUCAUUUAUUCCGUUGAAGCCGAAAACAUUGGAAAGAUUGUUGCCACUUAUGGUCCUGCGACAAAGUUGAAUGCCAUUGUUGGUGGACAAACAUCAUGUAAGAAUUCUGAAAUUGAAGCCUUUGAGAAGUAUCUCCCACAGGAUGUUGAUAUUGUUUCAGUGCAUUCUUUGCAUGGUCCCAGAGUAGACACCACGGGGCAGCCAUUAGUUCUUAUUCAACAUCGGGCAAGUGAUGAAAAUUUCAAUUUUGUUGAGUCUCUAAUGUCCUGUUUGAAAUCUAAACAUGUCUAUCUAACAUACGAAGAACACGAUAAGAUCACAGCAGACACACAGGCAGUCACUCAUGCAGCUUUCCUUAGUAUGGGUCUUGCAUGGCAUACUACCAAUGAAUAUCCAUGGGAAACCCCCAAAUGGACCGGUGGUAUUGAAAAUGCAAAGAUCAACAUUGCACUGAGAAUCUAUUCAAACAAAUGGCACGUUUAUGCCGGCUUGGCAAUCACCAAUCCUGCUGCUCAUAAGCAAAUCACGCAGUAUGCCAAGUCUAGUGAAGAAUUAUUCACACUGAUGAUUCAAAAUAAGGAGGAUGAACUUUACUCGAGAAUCAUGAAGGCCAAGCAAAAGGUUUUCGGUCAUUUAGGCCCGGACCAUCAGUUAUUGCUAAAUGAUGAUCUAUUACAACAGUAUUCUUUAGGCAAGAAUCCUUCUGGAGCAAUCCAGAUCAAUUCCCACUUAUCCUUGUUGGCGAUUGUUGAUAGUUGGUCCCAGUUGGACAUUGUUCCUUACGACCAUAUGAUCUGUUCGACACCGCUCUUUAGGAUCUUUUUAGGUGUUUCUGAAUAUCUAUUUUGCACUGAUGGUCUCUUAGAGGAAUGUAUUAAGGUAGCCACCUCGAAUACGUCAUUCCGUCAAGAUGAUUUACAAUUCACAAUGGCAUCGAGAGAAUGGGCCAAUAUUGUUAAUUUUGGCAACUUUGAAUUAUACAAAAGGAGGUUUGAGGAGACACAGAAAUUCUUUGAGCCAAUGUUCCCUGAAGCCACCAAAGUUGGCAAUGCAAUGAUUAAGACGAUAUUACAGCACGGAAAGAAAUAA